UUGUGACGUCAGUUCCGCGCUUCGAAAACUUUUUUAUAUUCGUGAAAAAGUGACCUCUACUCACCUCAAACUUUUUGUCUUGUGUUGUACGAAGAUUUUUUAAGCUUCGGUGUUGUUCUUAGCGUUGGUAUGCUUUUGCGAUCAAUCGUAGUUUUUGCCCGUUGAAACUUUUAAAAAGUUUAGAAGAUAUUUGGAUAUUAAAAAAAAAAAAAUAAUGCCGAUCACACCGUCACUCCCAAACGUAUUCACCACGAAUUGAGAUUUUUCGCAGACUUAAAUUUGUCAUCGUCGAUUGCGAAUUAAUAGAAACUUUUUUUGCCUAAGAACAACGCAGACUUUUACCUUUCGCCACGAAAACUUACGAGAAACUAACCUAACUUUGAGAUACCAAUAACAGUUGUUGAAGCUAGUGACCGAAUAGUGACGGAAGUUUUUCGAAUAGUGAUGUUGCAUGGAUAUUUUCGGUGCGAUUGUGCAAGAGCCGCAUUUGAAAAUUCCGGAGCGAUCGAUGCUGUCUGGCUCUAAAUAAGCUAGUCUAGACAGCUGUCAAGUGAGAGGUCAGCGUUUCGCAACGUUACUGAAUAUUCUCAGCCUCAUACAACAGGUUGCGCAUUCCUGACGUACUUCAAUCCUGAGAGCGCCCUUAACUGCCAGAACGCUCUGCAUGAGAAACACACGUUGUCAGGGGGACUGAGCGCAGCGGCCUUUCGCUGGCGUCUCGGCCCGGUCCUGUUCCAUUCACAAAUGGUUAUUUUGUGAUGAACCGCCCCAUCCAAGUGAAACCAGCGGACAGUGAAAACCGCGGUGAGCCACCGAUGGCGAUGAUAACCCUCGUCAGGAGCGGCGGCGUCUGCUGGAAGUAGGGGUUUAUUACGGGGUGUUAAGACGCAAAGCUAGCUCCCGAUAUAAACCCGAAAAAAUAACAGCCUGGACCCCGGUCAAAUCGCAAGCUGUUUGUGGGCAUGCUCAGUAAGCAACAAACUGAAGAAGAUGUACGGCAGUUAUUUGCACCUUUUGGAACAAUAGAGGAGUGUACCAUAUUGAGGGGGCCCGACGGAUCAAGUAAAGGUUGUGCAUUCGUGAAGUACAGUUCACAUCAGGAAGCACAAGCAGCGAUCAAUAGCUUGCACGGGAGUCAAACUAUGCCGGGAGCCUCUUCAAGCUUAGUGGUUAAAUUUGCAGACACUGAAAAAGAAAGACAACUAAGGCGUAUGCAGCAGAUGGCUGGAAAUAUGAGUCUUUUAAACCCAUUCGUUUUCAACCAGUUUGGUGCUUACGGUGCUGCGUAUGCGCAGCAGCAGGCGGCAAUAAUGGCGGCCGCGACUGCGCAAGGAACGUACAUCAAUCCGAUGGCGGCAAUAACCCAACUCCCCCAUGCAAUCAACGGAAUCGCCAACUCCGUUGUCCCACCUACUUCAGAUGUUCAAGUAGGGCCAGGAUCUGGACAACCCGUCAACGGAGCCAUCCCAAGCCUGCCAUCUCCUACAAUGCCGACAUUCAACAUGGCCGCUCAGACUCCCAACGGACAACCGGCUGGUCAAGAACCAGUUUAUACAAAUGGAAUCCCUCCGCAGACAUACCCAGCCCAUCCGCUGCAUCUGUCCAUACCAGCGCAAGGACUACCGAAUGGCGAAGCUGCCAUGCAGCAUCCAGCAGCAUUUCAGACUAUGCAGCCCGGGUACCCCGGAGUCGCUUACCCCGCAGUAUAUGGCCAAUUCCCACAGGCCAUACCCCAGCCAAUGUCUGCAGUUGCGCCCGCUCAGAGGGAAGUGUUUCUCUCUUCAGGGUGCUCGAUAUCCGGGCCCGAAGGCUGCAACCUAUUCAUUUACCACUUACCUCAAGAAUUUGGUGAUGCAGAACUAAUGCAAAUGUUUCUUCCCUUCGGCAACGUAAUCAGCUCCAAAGUUUUCAUCGACAGGGCAACCAACCAGAGCAAAUGUUUUGGAUUCGUAUCGUUCGACAACCCAGCUAGCGCGCAGGCUGCCAUCCAAGCGAUGAACGGCUUUCAGAUAGGCAUGAAACGACUCAAGGUGCAACUAAAGAGGCCAAAAGAUGCCAACAGGCCCUACUAACCCAUACAAAAUCCAGCCACUAUUGAACAGGGCUGUCAGCCGCUUAUAGUAUACUAGUCUUUAGUUUGUACUUAACCCAAGAUAUAUGCUAAAAAUACAAAAAAGCUAAAUUUCAAUUUAAUAAUAUGUAUGCAGGCCUGGCAUUCCAGCUCCGAGCGUUUCAAUGCCCGCGGCCUUCCACCAUAAACAAACUAAGUGAAGAAAACUCAUUUUAGUUGACUAGCCCAGUGGUUUUAAGGAAGCGUAGGAACUGCCAAAUCGCCUGCUCAUUAAGUCGUGAUUCGAUUGGAACGGAAGCGCAGUUUGUCUUUAUCUUGCUUAAUACUGCUCGGCUACGACACUACUCGAGAAAUUCCAAAUGGGCUGUGAAUAAUUAACAAAUCGGUGUUUGUUGUACAGGCCGUUUCGUCUUCUCGUACCUUUGUGAAGUGUGUAGUAAUCGUUAUUUUAAAAAAUACCCUAAUACGUUUAUGAUAUAGACAAUGUGUGUUUUACUGUAACAAAGCAAAAAGAAAUAUAUUAUAAAGCAUAGUGAUGUUUGUGGUGGAAGGCAUUCGCGCCCCAUCCGUUGCCAAAAAUCCUGUGCCAGGCGUGCCAACUGUGAUUCACUGUUCUAGUCACAGACGAGCUCGGAGAAAUAUUUAUUAACUUUUAAAAAUUUGUUCAUAAUAACAAAAAAGAUACACUAAGAGGCCGUUCGGCAUAUAUUUAAUUAUUAACAACUACUAUACAAAAUAGUAUAAUAUUUCUACUACAUUUUAAGCAUAAUCUUUACAAAGUACCAACUAUAAUAUACUUACUCUGUAAAUUUUUAGAAGUAGUGAUUACAUUUAGGUUAGGAAAGGAGAAAAUUGGUUUUUACCUGAACGAGGGUAACCGUUUCUAUCGACAGAAGUUUCAAAACGUUCGUUUGUUGGUACGGAACGAAAAACACUGGCAAGUGUCGCCCGAAGCUGUCACGUCUCGAAUGAUUUUCACGCACGCACGUGCGUCUGUGAUAGUUUUUUUUUGCCAUAUACGUUGUCGUAUAUAUCGGGCUGCAUCAGAAUUAUUAACGUUUGAAUAUUGCUCGAUAGAAACAGACCGGAACCGAUAUGUAUCGAUUUUAGAAAAAUGCGUUCGAUGAAUUUUAUCAAUUUCUAAGUUUAUAUUAUAAAUUAUUGAAAUAUCAAAUAUUGCGAAUUUCGCCAAAAUAGUUGUUGAAUUAAAACGUUAGAUUCGCGCGCUUCGCGGGGCUAGACUAAGUCAGUCCGUUGGCGGAAUAUGGAAGAAAUUGUUAUUGGGACCGCUGUUACUCAAAUUAGCCACGGUCAGGAAAAGCAAGCAAAAGUCAAACAAAAUAAUUUCGAAAAUGUGCUAAAGAUUUCAACCAGCCAUUAAUUCAAAAUAUAAUCAAAACGUUAACGCAAAGCCCAAAAAAGUUAAACAUACCCCGUGUAGUUGCCAGGAUCAAUGUUAAAUUAACGUUUCCUUGCUUUUUGCUACGUAAUCACAACGAAACAGAAUGCUUAAAAAAUCGGCGAAAAAAUAUUAUUAGGAAAUUUUAAUUGAUUAUUAAAAUAAAUUUAUUUUCAAAUAUUUUUGAAAAAUGAACAUUUGAUAUAUUGAUUUUCUUUAUAGGAAAGUUUGGAAAAUCCUCGGCUCUACUGUGGCAAAUUGGGGUAACACAAUUGUCCCUAAAAAGUGUUUGUUUGGGCCACUCACUAGUCAAAUUACUCUGCCUCUCGGCUGCAGAACUAGUUAAUAAUUUUAGAAUUAUUUUUAAUCUUAAGAUAUACAUAUAUAUUUAGUAGACAUAUGAUAAUAUUUAUUAAAAGGUAUUUAGUCUUACAUACUUAUAAAGUACUUAUAGUUCGCUUAUGUUUAAGUAUUUUUAUUUCGCGUUUAUUGGCUGACAAAUUAUCGUGCAAUAUUUUUACCGAUCGACUGAUACAUCGUAAGAUGAAAAAACGUACUUAUUUAUUUAAAAGUAAUUCAAUUUGUUGGUGGGGUGUGUCGGGAAGCAGAUCAGUUUUUGUUUUAUUGUUCCAAGCAUUUCAUUCCAUUAAAUAUGUAAGAUACAAGUCCAAUAUUAACAAAACUCAAAAGACGAAUUGGUUUCAUAGAACAUAAAGCGCACAUAAUCCCAGUAAAGUAUGACAAUAACUUUGACGGUACGGCACGGUACGACAUAAAACCGAAAUAAAUCUGCUUUCGGUUCUGGUAAAUACACCCCUUGAACCUGUCAAAAUAUUACGUUUGUCUUUUGUAUAUUGUAGAAAAGUCCCGCUUGAUUUACAACAUUCCUUUUUCACUGCAAAAGUCGAUGUGGUGCUCGAAAAUUGAUGAUCCAUAAUAUUGGGUUAGUACUGUACAGGCAAUUUGCCUGUAUAUGUCCACAUCGCUUUAAAAAAAUGGGAGUACGUUUGGCAGCUCCUACUUGAUAACUUUUUGUAUAAAUAAAAUAAAACAUUUUCUCCAAUCAAUAAGAACAGUGUAAAGUAAAUGUUUAAUAUGCGGCAUUUAGAAAACAAACGGGUUUGAAAGAAAAACUUUUUUAUUUAGUGGCCUAAGCAACCUAUGUGUUAUUGAUUUAAUCCGGAAAUCAAUAGGUAUGAUCAAUAAAUAGCGACUUUCCACUUAUAUAGAUGGUAGUUAAUAUUCGGUUUUGUGUGCAAUCGAAUAGCUGAUAGUUCAGGAAAAACUCUUUACCCGUUUGUGUUCUUCAUUAUAGUAAAAAAAAGUUUACUAAUCGCAGCGAACGUGAUUUCAAGGAUACAGGGUAUGUUUUUGCAAUUAUUUGUUGUAAAACUGAAUCGCAUCAUUGAUGGGCGGUCAUUGUGUUCCAUGAUCUCCCGAAACUAACACACGUCCGCUGACACAUUCAGGAUCUUCGCUAGUUCGUGUGUACACCCCUAGUGUUGUCAGCAAAAUACAAAUUUAAAAAAUAUGCGGAGCAGAAAAUCAUUCUAGCUUUGCAUCCGCCAUUGCGUCGUUUUAAAUAAAAAUGCUAAUUGAAGUACGUAAGUGCCAAAUGAAAUCUCUGCUGUAAAGAAUGAUGGCAAAUUCGCUAAAUAUAUUAAAUUUUCUGUUGUUUAAAGAGUCGAUCGGUGCCAAACUAAAAUGCAACCACACUGACGAAUUUUCUUUGUAGUAAUGGCGACGUAUUUCGAUUUGAGGCAAAGAGGGGCGUAUACACAUAGCGCAUGUCAUUUACCAUUUUGUAAAUAAUCUUCGGGGUCCAUUAUGAAGCAUCUCCACCCAAAAAUCAAACAUUCAAAAUUUGUCGACGUUGUAUAAAUUUCUCCCGCAAAAUAGUCAUCGCGUUUUCGGUUUUUGUCUAAUUAAAAUAGGCUAAAUGAACUAUUUUUUAAAUGCGCUUAAAAAAUUGCCAACGGUUUAACGCCGGGGGCGGCUUGCGGAACAGCCGAGGCGGCAAAAGUUUUCGUCAAAACUUGGGCCGCUGUCGGACCGAAGAUGAGUUCUUCGGAUCCGCAUAUUUCACCGUGCAUAUAUUUAUAUCAUUAACAAAAAUUGAAUAUGAAAAUUAUUUUUAGCCGUAAAUAGGUUAGAGUUAGGUUUUUAGAAUUUAGUGGUUAUUUAUAAGAAGUAUGGCAUUUGAACCCAGCUGAAGGCGUUAUUUGUUUAGGGAAAAAUGAGUAUCUGGAAACGGCAAUUUCCAGAAACAAAGACACUGAAGCAAGGUUGGUACUCAUAUUCACUGCAGAUGUUCAUGACUGUACCCGCAAAACCCAAAGACUUAAGACACACUAUGUUAAGUUCUAGCCCAACACCAGGAUGCUGGGACAAAUGGUGUGAAAACAUUUGCUUGCUUUUAAAUCCUAAAAAAAUAUUUAGCCUAGAAGCCUAUUUGACGGUUUUGCUGUUUUUGUUUAAGAUUUUAUAGGCUUAAUAUUCACACAAUUUAUUAUUAGGACAGCUAAUGCCAUAAGAAUUUAACACUGAGAAUCUGAUGUGAUGAUUGCGUUUAAUUUAUUAGCGUGAAUAUUGGCUCAUAAGCUUGAAAAUCAUAUCAUGGAUUUUUGUAAUAUAGUUAAAAAAAUGUACAAUUUUUACACUGCUGUGCUAUAUUUUCUACACUUUUUCUAGUCAUCUGUGUACUUUUUGAUUUCAGCAUUUAUUUGAUCUCUAUUUGACUGUAUUUAUUUAUUUAUUUAUUUAUUUGGGUGUACAAAGUGAGUCUUGCCGAAUCGCCAAAGAAUUUUAUUUUGUUUGUGUAAUUGUUGAAAAUAGAGUUUGUGCAACUGUUGUUGAUCAUGAGCACGUUUUUAAAAAUUGUUUACGCUUUUUAUACAGUAUUAAAUACCCGCACAAAAAGGAAAUGUGGAACUAAAUGGGUACCCGAUUGGUGUGGUUUCAUUAAAAAAAAAAGUAUAAUUGUAUUAAUUCCCCGGCAAAGAAGUUUUACUCAAAAUAUUACGUUCUCGUAAUUUUAAGAACAUUUCCUUAAUAAUUGAUUUUGAGUGGAAAUAAAGUUUCAAAGUUUUGUCAAAUGAUUACCCAAUGCCGAUGUUUCUUUUAGCUAAACUGCCUUAAUUGUCUCUUUCUACUUGAGAGGUGAAACUGAUAAAUCUUAGAAGGCUUACAGCUGUUACAAUAGUUUGACAGAAUUUUGAAAUAAUCUAAAUUAUCUGGAGAUAAGCCAUACUCUGUUGCAUGACUUUUAUUAAAUUUUACAUUACAUAUAAAUUUAAUAAAUUAUUAAUAUUAUUAUAUUCUAUAUAGUAGUUUUAAACUUAAACAAAAAUAUUUAUAGCCUGCUAAUACGAUAUAAUGUAAAAAACAUAUGAUUACUUUUAGACAAUGAAUGCGUGAAAAACUUUCUAUCCAUGUAUGAAAAUAUAAUUAUCACUAUUUUUUUUACACUGUCAAUUUUGCUGGUGUUUUUACAUUAACGAUUACAUUUAAAAUAAAUGAGGAAAUCAUUAGUUUUACAAAUCGUAAAUACUUAAUAUAUCAGGAUUUAAUAAUAUAUUGUAUUAUACAGUACCUAUUGUAAUUUUUGACAUAAGAAUCGCUAGUCCAACAAAAAUUUUAAAAAAUACACGACAUGACUGAGCUUUGAAAAAUGCUCAAGACUCUUUACAUAAUCUUUGAAAUUAUUGGAAAUUUUCCUCGAAAGGUCAUGUCUACUAUAUUUAUUAUUAAUACUAACUUUGACCUUAAAUUAACCUAAUUCAGAAAUACGUAUAUAUAUAGGGCGUCUCAAAAUGGGAUAUUUUCUUGUAUCUGAAAGGACAUCCAUUUCGAGAAGGCUUAUGCAAAUAGAAAGUUAAUAACCUACUAUGAAUUUAUUAGUACGAUAGUUACCAAACUGAAUUGGGUUAUAUUUAAGUAAUUUAGUUCAUAUAAAACUUUAUAAAAGAAUUAUAAAAUAAUAAAGUUAAUUAUAACGCAAGUUGCUUUUUAUUUCUGA